UUUGUUCUAUAUGGAUAAUAAAUUGCGAUUGCAGGGAAAAACAAAACCUAAACACGAUGAGUUAUUUUAUUACACAAUUUUUUCUUCAUUUCGUUAUUCUCAACAUGAUUAGUACUGCUGCAGUUUCGAAUGAAAAUUCCUAUCCACUUAACACAAUCAACUAUAUAAACGAAGAUAAUACUUUGCACUUAUUUGAUGCAAAGAAGGACAUGAUAGAUUAUUCAGAAAAGACAACUUCGGAUCAAGAGGACCUUUUUCCAACUUCAAUGAAUGCUGAUAGCCACAGUGUUUCAAUUGAUCAUGAUUUAAAUCAGCCGCUAUCUCAAAAUCUCUUUUCUGAAGAUUUUGAAGCGAAAGAUAGCACUCAAUUCAAAUUUCAAAAACGUGCUGGUUUACCCGUUCCUGCAAAUCUAGCUUGUCAUCAAAUUCCUUGUGAUGUUAGCUUUGACUGUACUCGCCUACUGAACCCGAUCUGUUCCUUUUGUCUGAGAACAAACAGAUCUGGUGGAAUAUGUCAUCCUUAAUUACCUGAUCUGUUUUUGCUAUAUAGUAUAGUUAAAUCAUUACACGGUAAAUACGUUUCUCAGUCAAUGUUAUAGGAAGGAAGUAACUAUUAGAUAAAAACUACAAGAGUUGUUGUUUUUGUUGAUGACC